AUGAGUAAAAGAAAGGAAAUGGUGCCUCUAUUUGCAUUUGCACCACUGGCAACUGCAUUUCACCGUGGAAGAUACCUUAUAAAAAGAACAAAAUCUGAACUCAGCUUGAAAAUCUCAAAUCUUCGCCAUGAAACCCCCGCCGCCACCGCCAUUACCAUCACACGCGUCUGCGCCUCUGAACUUUUUAGGGCAGCUGGAUUACAAGCAUGGGCGCCCCCGCUGGGUAGCUACGGUGGAAAUAGUGGCGUUGGUGUCAUCCUGUCUCGUCGCCUUCGUGGCCAUCGUUUAUAUGAGCUGGUUGAAGAGGAAGCUCCUUCCCCGUUUACUUCUGCUUCUCUUCUAGAUCUCCAAAUCGAAGGACGAUGA